UCACUCUCAGUCUCUCAUACACACACGAGCACAAACGCACUUUCACACACGCAUACAUACACACACCCGCAACUCCCAACCAAAUCACAACAAGAUAAACUUUGGUUCACCAACCUCAAACCUUUCAUUCGCCUCCAGCAUCUUUCUCAGUGGAUCGCACAAUCCCCCCGGUUGGGGUUCCUUUAUACUCCCCCUUUCCAGCUCUUCCGCAAACAUCCGUCUUCAAGGGCACGAGAGGGAAGACGCGGCUUUUUUAAUCCCGCCGGGAGUUGAAGGUUCCGUCCUCCUCCUUGGCACUCAAAAAGCGGUUCCCUUAAAAAAAAUAAAGCUACGUAACUAAAUCCAGCGAUGCCCCGGCGGAACCUCUGUCCCAUCCUGGGAGAACUGUGCCAUGCGUCGGAUUUUGAAGAGCCGAACCUGUUCUGCAAAUGGAGCGUCCAGUUCGGGUCCAGUUGGAAAGUGAUUGAGGGUCACUGCGAGGGACAGAGUGUCGCCAACACGGCCCGCGUCGAUCCUCGGCGGUCCAACUUUGGAACUCCGCUCGAUUUGCACCUGGCCUGCCGCGGAAUCCAGGUUUGGCCAAAGCUGCACGUGGAACUGAUUGCGCUGAACUCGUUCGACAACUUUUGGCCAGUCGGGUACGGCUUUGCGUUUCUGCCGACCCAACCGGGGCUGCACUGGAUCCGGAUGGCCACGUGGAAAGUUUCGUCGGCCAACUCGAAAUCAAUUUCCGAUCGGUUCCCGGCACAAAACUUACCUUGCCACUUCCCACAAUUAAAAAUUAACAGCAGCACCACGGAACACAAACUCACAGCCGCGAAAUUAUUUUGACAUUGACAUGUCAAAACGUGAAUCACAAUUCUUGAACUAAAAAAAUACUAAAAUUUAGGAAUUUUUAAGAAGUACUUCAAUGUUCUAAAAAAAUCCUAAAUUUUAGGAAGAAAAAAUUACUAAUUUUUAGGUAUAAUUUGACAAGCUAGAACAUAAGUUCAAAAAAUACUAAAAAUUAGGAAUUUAUACCUAAUGUCCGUUUUGCGUGUAUGGGCUUGCUGCAAAAAAUGUUAUAAAAUGUGACAUUUUCUGCAGCAAAUCCACUGUUGCAGAUUUUGAGAUAUAUUUUUCCUUUGGG